ACACAUUCAAACGACGAGUUGUGAAAUCUCUAAUUCAAAAAUAUUUUAUUUAUAGUCGGAUAUAUCAAUUUUCAGCAGUAGAAAUUUGUGUAAUUAAUAUUUUUCGUGUCUGAAGACUACAAAAGGCAUCAAGUUUAAUUUAAAUUAAUACGAAUAUUAUCAAAAACAUCAUUAGGAUUUUUCGUUUUCAUCUUCAUGAUCCCUGCAUAACUUAGCGUCUUCAAAAACAGACUUUAAAGGAAGCAAAAAAACAAUUUAAUUGAAAGAUAUCAUGGAAAGUGUUGCAGCGAAAGCCACAGAAAAGAUUGCGAAAAAAUCACGCGAGGAAAAAUUACGCGAACAAAAAAUUGAGUCGGAAAUAUUGAAAUCACUGAAUGGCAUUACCGAUUCUGAACAGAAGUUUCAAACAUUGUUACAUCGAUGUGUUGAAGCUGAAAGAAUCAGUAAAUCAGCUCAACUUCAACAGAAGCAAAAUCAAAAAACUAUCGAAACGUUGUUAUUGGAAAAGGAUAAUCUUGCAGCUGAACAUCAGCGCACUUUGCUUACAAAAUCAAAACUGGAAUCACUCUGUCGUGAACUUCAAAAUCAAAAUAAAACCAUCAAGGAAGAUUCGCUUUCAAAAAUACGUGAAGAAGAAGAACGGCGCAAAGAAACUCAAGCAAAGUUUCAACAAUCUUUGAAUGAGAUCCAGAUAUUAAUGAAUGAGAAUUCGGAGAAGAAUAAAAAGUUGGAACAUGACAACCAUGAGAUGAGCUCAAAAUUUAAACAAAUUUUAAACCAAUAUGAAGAACGUGAGAAGCAAAUGGAUCGAAUCAACAAGCAAAUGGAACUUGUCACUCAGUUGAAUGAAGCAAAGCUUGCAAAAGCUAAUGUUGAAUCGAUUGCUGAGAAAGAAGCUUUCUUAAAGCAAACGGCGAUUCUCGAAGAAACAAUUACGAUUCUCAAACGACAAUUGUCUGACGCUCUUGGUUCUGAGAAAGCACUGAAAGCUCAAGUUGACUUGUACAGCUCAAAAUAUGGUGAAUUUACAAAAACUUUUGAAGGCUACAAAACAGACAUGACCAAAAUGUCAAAGAAAACUUUCAAGAUGGAAAAAGAAAUGUUGCAGUGGAAGAUCAAGUACGAAAAAGCAAAUGCAAUGCUUCUCGAUCUCAUCAGUGAGAAACAAAUUCGAGAUGAACACAUCACAAAAACAGCAAAGCAACUUUUUCAUUUGCAAAAAUUAUGUCGAACUUUAUCAUCGGAAAAGAAAGCAUUUUAUGGAAAACUUGUCGAAUGCAACAUUGAUAUUCCUGAAGUGAAAAUAUCAAAUGAUGAAGAAGUUACAACAGUUCCUGAACCUGUUGUUGAAAAGGGACCAGAUAAGCUUGAUAAAAUGAUGAAAUCUCGUGAUGAACUCAGAAAGAAUUUAGAUCAAUUGCAGACACAGCUUACAGGAUUACAAUUGAAAGAAGAAGAAUCAGCAAAUAACAAGAAAACAAAAUCCAAAAAGUCGAAGAAGUCUGGAAAAAAUGUUGAAAAUGGAAUGACGAAGGUCAAUGAGUUAGAGAAAAUUGAGUCAAAACCUAUUGAAGAAUCGGCAAUGGUCAAUGGAAAUAAUAUCUUGAAAGUUGUUGAGUCUUCUGAUCCUACUCCUGAAGUUAUUGAAGAAAUUGUUGGUGAAGUUUCUGAGCUUUCUUCUGAAGUUAAAGAAAAUAUUGACAUAUUAAAGGAUGCUUCUGACUCAUCCCCAGUCUCUCCAAUCGAUUCCUAAAAUCGCGUGAUGAUUCUUUUUUUAUAUUUUUAACAAACAAAAGCUUUGUAAGUCGUCGCAAAUAAAAAAAAAUAAAAUAAUAACUUCGAUUUAA